AUGGACGAGGAAGUUUCAAGUGACGAAUCGAUCAAUUGUGAAGAUGUCCGAAUUGAAUACGAAUCAACGGAAGACAAAAAGCCCGACUCUAGUACAGUAAUUAGUAAACCAAAACGUGUAGUCGAAGUGCGUGCGAGCAAAGGACGAAUGCUUCGCUAUCUGCGGCUCCCGAAGGCAGUGGAUUUCAUGUCACCGGAUCCGACGGAAUAUUUUUCCGAAGUACAAAGACAAAAUUUGUUCACCCAACUGAAGUCGCAUAAAGAUUAA